AUGACUUCCAUAUCGGUUAGCUUUGGGGGCAUAAACUCGGGUAACCAGGUGGGGAUCAAUUACGGAUCGAUCCAUCUGCCCCAAGAGCGACCACAAACCCCACCUCCCCCUCUAUCGACCGUUCCGUUCCGUCGUGACCCAGACUUUGUCGAUCGUGGAUCGCUGCUUGAUCAGAUAUACGAAAAAGGGACUACCCCGGGAGCCUGGAUAGCGCUUGUUGGGCUUGGUGGUGUCGGGAAAUCUCAACUUGCGAUCGAAUGCUGUUACCGAAUCCGAGAAAAAUCGCCCGAGACGUGGGUGUUAUGGAUUCACGCAGGCAACGCCGCUCGUUUCGAGCAGAGUUGCCGGGAUAUCGCCGACCGAGUCAAGAUCACUGGGCGAACGGAUCCCACCGCCAAUAUAUUCAAACUCAUUCACGACUGGCUUGUUGAGGAAAGAGAUAGAAAAUGGGUUCUCAUUCUUGAUAAUGUGGAUGACAGCUCUUUCCUCCACGAAGUUCCACCGGUUGGCCAGGGCAAGCAACAGAGUGGUCAAAGUGGUGCGCCGCCAGGGCGACCACUGUUGACAUAUCUCCCGAUUAACCACAAUGGGACAAUGAUUGUAACAUCCCGAAGCAGAAGCGCAGCAGUUACCAUAGUGGAAGAAAGCGAUAUAAUUCAGAUAGAACCGAUGGAUCUGUCACACGCAACGAUGCUGUUUGAAAAGAAGCUAGGAGCGCAAAUCGAGAAGGGAAACAUCAUUCAGCUCGCUACUGAGCUUGAUUACAUGCCACUUGCGAUCGUGCAAGCCGCAUCCUACAUCAAGCAGAGAACGCCACGUGUUUCAGUGCCACAGUAUCUCGAAGAUUUUCAGAAGAGCGACCGUAAGAGAACCAGCCUUCUUGCUUAUGACGGGGGCCAGCUGCGUCGUGAUUGGGAAGCGAAGAACUCCAUCCUUAUUACCUGGCAAAUAUCUUUCAACCACAUAAAGCAAACUCAACCGGCAGCAACCGACCUUCUGUCACUUAUGAGUUUCUUCGACCGCCAAGGCAUUCCUGGAACUCUGCUUCAACACCGGCUAGCGAAGGGACAUGACGAUACAAACAUAAAUUCGGAAGCCGAGAUAGACAUAUACGAUGAUGACAAGAGGUCUAAAACAAAUUCUGGCGUGGACGAUGACUUUGAAGAGAACAUUAUGAUGUUGAGAAAUUACUCGAUGAUUUCUACUAGUGUGGAUGGUGCCACGUUCGAAAUGCAUCGGCUAGUGCAACUUGCUAUGCGGAAGUGGCUGGAGGUCCAUAGACAACUCGAACAUUGGAAGCAAAAAUUCAUCGAGAUACUUUUUUGUGCAUUUCCGACCGGAGAUUUUGACACUUGGACGGUGUGUCAACCGCUUUUUUCACAUGUACAAUCUGCUGUCGCGCAACGACCGGAUGAGGAGGGUACAUUGAAAAAAUGGGCCAGCCUCCUCUAUACGUCCGCAUGGUUUGCGUAUACAAAGGGAGAUAUUAUUGAGUGUGAGAAGAUGGCGGUUUUGGCUAUGAAAACAAGAGAGAAAUUGUUCGGUCCACACAACGAGCAAACGGUCAAUAGUAUUGGAAUGACAGGGCUGGCAUAUAUACUUGGUGGGAGAUGGAAGGACGCGGAAAGCUUGCAGUUGCAGCUGAUGGAGACCCACAAGCGGAUGCUCGGGCCAGAACAUAUUUCCACUCUAACUAGUAUGCACAACCUAGCGUUGACCUACUUACAUCAAGGACGAUGGAAGGAGGCCGAAGAGCUCUACCUGCAGGUGAUAGAGGCCCGUAAACAGGCCCUAGGACUAGAGCAUCCCUACACUCUGACCAGCAUGUCUAACCUCGCGUCGACGUACCGGAAUCAGGGACGAUGGAAGGAGGCCGAAGAACUCUACCUGCAGGUGAUAGAGGCCCAUAAGCAGGUGCUAGGGCUGGAGCAUCCUGAUACUCUGACUAGCAUGGCCAACCUCGCGUCGACGUACCAAUAUCAGGGACGAUGGAAGGAGGCCGAAGAGCUCUACCUGCAGGUGAUAGAGGCCCAUAAGCAGGUGCUAGGGCCAGCGCACCCCCACACUCUGGCUAGCAUGGGCAACCUCGCAUCAAUAUACCAGAAUCAGGGACGAUGGAGGGAUGCUGAAAAAUUCGAGGUACAUGUGAUAGAGACCCGCAAGGAGGUGUUAGGGCCAGAACAUCCUGAAACUCUAGUAAGCAUAGUCAACCUCGCAUCGACGUAUCAGAAUCAGGGACGAUGGAAGAAGGCUGAAGAGCUCCAGGCCGAAGGACUCAAGCUAUGUUCUCAGGUGCUUGGGCCAGGGCAUCCCUACACUCUGACCAAUAUGGCAAACCUAGCAUUGACCUACCAAUAUCAGGGACGAUGGAAGGAGGCCGAAGAGCUCUACUUGCAGGCGAUAGAGACCCGUAAGCAGGUACUAGGGCUAGAGCAUCCUGAUACUCUGACCGGCAUGGGCAACCUAGCCUCGACUUACUGGGACCAGGGUCGAUGGAAGGAGGCUGAAAACUUACAGCUGCAAGUGACGGAUACCCUCAAGCAAGUGCUAGGGCCAGAGCAUCCUAACACCCUUACUAGCAUGGCCAACCUAGCAUUGACCAUCUUGGAUCAGGGAAGAUGGAAGGAGGCCGAAGAGCUUAACGUGCAUCUGAUGGAGACCCGCAAGCAGGUUCUCGGGCCAGAGCAUCCCGACACUCUGACCAGCAUGCAUAAUCUUGCUCAUACCUUGAGGUCAUUAGGUCAAUUUGGGUCUGCUUUGUCAUUGAUGACGGAAUGUGCCCGACUCCGCGGCCAAAUAUUAGGCCCUGACCACCCGGAUACUAUGUCUUCAACAUCUGCUCUCAAUGGAUGGGAUGACAUGGGUAACGCUCCGUUUACCCUAAUUGAUGGACCUACCGGAAUUCAAAUGGCAGUUCAAAAUCGAGCCAUUUCCGCGGAGCCCCCUGAGAGAAAUUCUAAGAAUGGCAGACCUCGUAGGCGAACAGUCUUAUCUCGCCUACUCUUCUGCAGAAAGUAA